AUGCUGUCCCCAGAAAUAGAUGACGACUGGCAGAAUAACGAUUAUGAAAUCAAAGAACAGGACAGGUUCCUUCCGAUAGCAAAUGUGGCUCGAGUAAUGAAGAAAGCCCUUCCUGACAGAGCUAAACUUUCCAAAGAAUCAAAAGAGUGCAUUCAAGAAUGUGUGUCUGAGUUUAUUUCAUUUAUAACUAGCCAGGCUGCCGAUCGGUGUAUAUUAGAGAAAAGGAAAACCAUGAACGGUGAAGAUAUAUUAUGGGCCAUGCAAUCGUUAGGAUUUGAGAAUUAUUCUGAAGCGUUGAAGAUAUACUUAGCAAAGUACAGAGAGGUAUGUAUAACUGGAACUUGUUUUGGAGUGAACCUCGUACUAACAAUUCAAAUAGCAUGA